AGGGCACAAAGCAGGAAGCGCAUGCCUGCGAUUCACAUUUGCACGCGGGAACUCUUGCCUACCUUGUGAGUCGAUUUGAAUGAAUCGAGCCAGAGAGAGGUCUGAACCCUUGUGUGCCGGAACGACCGACCCCGACCCAAACCCAGCGCAGGGCCCGUCCGUGAUCGAAGACUCCGAGGGAUCCUUCCCACCACACCGAUCGUCCCGAGAGAAACGGAACAGACCCGGCGCCGCCUCCCGAAGGGAUCCACACGCACCCACACCGCCGCCCGUUGUCGUCUCGCUCGCGGCAGAUUCAUUCCCUCGAAGCGGCCCGACCGAGAAACGGAAAGGGAAACGCUCUGAGUGAGUCGCGGUGCGAGCGGGGACAGGAACCGAAACGGACGAAACCGAACGCAUCUAAACACAACAAAACCGAAACGAACCGAACGCCCACGAGGUGUGUGCUGCUGCUGCUGCUGCUGCUGCUGCUUCCCCGAAUUGUUUCAGCGGUUUGCCCUCUGGAAGUCUUCCAUUCUUUUUCCGUUGAGUGGUUCACAAUCCCAGAAUCCACAAUUCGGAACGACGCAAUCGCAACAAUUGUCGAUACGAAACCAACGGAACUCGCAUUGACGAGGAAUCCGCCCGUUCCUCCCUUGCCUCUUCCRYCGCCCCGUCCCUUCCGUGCCGGCUAGAACCCGCUCGGUCCGAACGCACCAUGUUCUUUUAYAACGAUCMCGGCAACGGGGACGCCUCCGAUCCGGUCGGCAGCGGCGGUGCCUCUUCUUCGCUUUCCUCGUACGGCAGUUCCCCGUACGACAGCUGCAACAACGACGGCGACGACGGGGAUGCCUGCCUGGAGGAUCUCCAGCAGGGAUUCCCCCGGAAGCCCGCACCGCACGACCGGAGAGACCGGACCCCGAGCAAGGCCCUCUUCGGGGACCGCCACAACCACUACGACCACGGCAACAGCGACAGCACGGACGACGACCCCCGAAGCAGGAGGCGACUGGGACGGACCAUGGCAUCCGGAAGCAGCGGGCUCCCCCUCCGGAACCCCCGGGAGAAACACCGCUCCCGUCGCACGCGGUCCUCGGCGCGGAGGUCGGGAAGCCACCGGUCCCCGGAAGGCUCCGGKGAGGCCCCGGAGGGAACCCCCGUUUCGGUGCGGCGGAGGCCCUCGCAGCCCCAGGGAUCGUCGUCGUCCUCCCACAAGCGGCGGUCCUCCCUCCUCCGGCCCCUCCCCCACCACUUUCGGAGCSCCUCGGACCAUUCCUCCCAGGAAUGCUCCUCGGGAUCCUCGCCGGACUCGAGCCCGACCCGGGGCUUUGUGGAGGAACCAACCGGCCGGCACCACCGCGUGCCCUCCCUGGGCGGCGCGAGCCGGAGCGGCAGCGUCUCGCCCACGAGCGGCAACCGGCCCUACCAAUCGUUCCUCGGUGCCUCGGGCGCCUCGRUGAGCAAGAGCCCGUCGGCGAACAAGCUCGGCGGMCCGAAGCAGCGGUUCCCGGGAAGCGCGCCGAAAUCCCUGUGCCUCCUGGCCACCCUCGCCGGGAUGGUCCUGCUGUCGGUCUCCGGGAUGGUGGCGCUGACCUACCGGGCCGUUCCCACCUUUGACCGGGCGGAGGACUUUGUCCCCACCCUUCCGGACCGAGCSRACGACAGCGGCCUCCGGGGAAAGAAGGUCCUCGGGCGGAUGUGGGACACGAGCGGAAGCAACCUUUACGAAACCGCGAACGCGACGUCCCCCCUGCCGUCGAGCGGCGGGACGKWACCCCCGAACCAGAAGACGGGAUCCGGCAAGCACCGGAAAGGCGCGAGAGCAAAACGAGAAGGAAGGCCGAGGGAUGGGRCCACGGUGUUGCCCAAGAGACUGCAGAUGCGCAUGCCCCCUUCUCUGUCCGAACAGCCGGAACCAGGGUUUGACCGGGUGGAYCCGAGGCUCUACCCCGAUUCUUUGGGACCGAACACCGGUGCGAGCCAAGACUUUCCGCGGAUCGUGGUGGUGGACCCCCGGAUCGCACAGCCGCGCGCGGCACGGACCAUCGAGACCUACCCGGCCGAUGUUACCGACAAYACGCAGCUCUACGGAAUCCUGCCCUCGGACGACGAGCGGCUGUCCAAGAUGGAACGGAGGGACCCCUACCGGACGGACGAGUGCGUSCCCAUGCAGGACUGGCAGACGGCGUACCAGCCGUCCUGCAACGGAAUGCACGAACUGGCCCUGCAGACGCUCGGGGCGAGCCCGGGACGGGACGGGGAGGCGCCGAACACGGGCAAGAGGGGCCUGGACGCGUCGCUCUUUGGAACCAAGGGCUUUUGGCGGUACGCGUGGAAACUGGUGAUCGACCACUACGACGGCGGGGAAGCGGAGGAGGACACGGUUGUCUUUAAGAACCUAAAGUGAGUAUUCCGAAGUGUGUGUUGCCGGCGCGUUGGUGCGUUUUUGGUAUUGGUUUUGGCAGGCCUUGGCCUGCCCCCCGCGUGCCGUGCCCUGACGCUUGCGGCAUUUUGUUUCUCGUUUCCGCAGGUACGGGCACGAUUUCGAGGACGCGCACUUUGAACACGACCGCAUCGACGCGAUCGCGAUGGAGCGGCUGACCUCGUCCCCGCACGUGAUCAACAUAUUUGGCUUUUGCGGCCACUCGGUCCUGACCGARUACGCCGACGGGAAGCGGCUGGGAGAGCUGGCCGACAAGUCCAAGAAGAAGCCCCUGAAGCGGCUGGAGAUUGCCCGCGACAUUGCGAACGGCCUGGCGGACGUCCACGGGAUCGACGGGGACGGCAACGCGACCUUUGUCCACCUGGACGUCAACCCGGCGAACGUGGUGAGCGUCAGGGGCACCCUCAAGCUCAACGACUUUAACAUUGGCAUCGUCCGCAGGUGGAACACGACSUCGAACGAGGCGUGCGGGUUUCCCGCCCAGUAUCCCAACCCGCAGUGGCGGUCCCCGGAGGAGGCCCGCAACGAGCAGCACCUGACCGAAAAGGUGGACAUUUUUUCGCUGGGCCACAUUUUCUUUCGGCUCAUUUGUGGCCACGAACCGUGGAACAARCUGGAGCCCGGCGGGAGGCCGUCCAAGGAAGAAGUGAACGAGAAGGUCCAGCGCGGAGACCUGCCCUUUAUACCGGAGGACGUCGUUCGCUCGGACAACCCCGAGGUUGUUGCGAUUCGCGAUGCCAUGCUGCAGUGCUACCGCUUUGACCCGAAGAAACGACCCAGUGCCCGGGACAUUGCCAAUGGACUCGAUCGCAAUCUGAAGGAGCUGCAACAAAAAUACGCCAAGUCACUCGCCAACCGCAAAAAGAAGCCGAAAACCAAAAAGAAACCCAAAUAGAAUAUUUUCGUUUGAAGGGCAAAAAAGUUCCUUCUUUCUGCCUCGAUCAACCAACCGUCAAUCGAUUUCCUCGAUCCCUUACAAACUGCAGCAUUGUAUGCAUCGGUGUCCCUAGGAGCAUUGACCAUAGAUUCGGGAACCGAAAUUCAACCGAGAGAAGUGGUAAUCAAUCCUUUUUUAACUA